AGGAGUACAGAUGAUGAAUAUAAGUUGGUAAGAAGAACAUAGCAAAAUGUUUGGUCAUCUACUGGUUCAGGAGAUUCCAUUAAUGUCUUGGUAUUGUUGGGGCAUCCUUCUUGUUGUCGUCGUCGUUACAAUAAUAUGCGAGAGAGUGUUGAAUCUGAUAUGGUACAACAAGUCAGAUGAAGCAACUGGGAUUCCUCCAGGAAAUCGAGGCCUUCCCUUUGUCGGAGAAACAUUGCAUUUCAUGGCUGCAAUUAAUAGCACUCAAGGAGUCUAUCAAUUUGUCCGAUCUCGUCGAAUCCGAUAUGGGAGAUGCUUCAAGACGAGGUUAUUUGGGGAAACCCACGUUUUUAUGUCGAGCGUGGAAUCGGCAAAAGCCAUUCUAAACAAUGACAUUGGGAAAUUCUCAAAGAGGUACAUCAAGUCUGUAGCUGAGCAGGUUGGACCUCGCAGCUUGCUCUCAGCUUCUCAGAACAAUCACAAGCUCCUUCGCGCUCAUCUCCUUUCUCUGUUCUCAUCUCACUCUCUCGCUUCUCUUGUUCAACACUUUGAUCAACUCGUUCUUCAAGCCUUCAAUGGCUGGCCACGUCACGGCCUCAUCAUUAUUCAACAUGAAGCUCUCCAGAUAACUUGUAGAGCGAUGUGCAAGAUGUUAUUGAGCAUUGAGAGCGGUGAUGAAUUGGAGACGAUGCAGAAAGAGGUUGGUCGUGUAUGUGAAGCAAUGCUUUCCUUUCCUCUGAGUUUCAAGUGGACUAGAUUCUAUAAAGGCCUUCAGGCUAGAAAAAGAAUCAUGGACAUAUUGGAGAAGACGAUGAGUGAAAGAAGAAGUGGACAGAAAUGUGGCCGUCAUCAAGAUUUUCUUGAACGGCUUUUAGAACGAAAUGACAAUAAAUUUAACAAUCAAGAAGAAGAAGCGAUCAUGAGAAGGCUAACAGAUGAAGAGAUCCGAGAUAAUAUAUUAACCAUGAUAAUCGCUGGUCAGGACACAACAGCAAAUGCGAUAACGUGGAUGAUCAAAUUCUUGGGUGAGAAUCAGCAGGUUUUACACGAUCUUAUGAAGGAGCAACUUCAAGUAGCAAAAAAAUGUGAAAGCUCGAAUUUAACACUUGAGGAUCUUAAUGAGAUGCCAUUUGCUUCCGCGGUGGUGAAAGAAGCGUUAAGGAUGGCAUCAGUUGUUCAGUGGUUCCCAAGAGUGGCACUAGAGGACUGCGAGAUUCAAGGAUUUAAAAUCAAGAAAGGAUGGAACGUCAACGUGGAUGCUAGAUCAAUACACUUGGAUCCCACUGUGUACGAUGAUCCAGACGUUUUCAAUCCUUCAAGAUUUCAUGUCAAGUCAAAAGCACACGGGUUCUUACCGUUUGGUGUGGGAGGAAGGUCGUGCCUUGGGAAGAACAUGGCUAAAGCCAUGAUGCUCGUCUUUCUUCAUCGUUUCAUCACCACUUUCAAGUGGAAGGUGACUGAUCCUGACUCAAGCAUAGAGAAAUGGGCACUUUUUUCAAAGCUAAGAAGUGGGUGUCCAGUUCACCUGACAUCAAUAAAGGACAGCAACAAUGCUAUGUGAUGCAAUAAUAUGUAUGACCUUCACUACUUUAUAUGCCACAUAUGUAUAUGUAACCCACUUAUGUUCCGAAAAAGCAUAUAAUCCCCUGUCUUAUAAUAUUGUAAUUAUUUAUGUGGGUAAAUCAUGAUGGAUAAAUUGGUAAAUUACCUUAUAAA